CCCGCUCACUUUGGCAGUGCUCUCUCUCUCUCUCUCUCUCUCUCUCUCUUGCAGGUUGGCCAGAACAACAACCCCCAACCGCACACCAAAGCACGGCCUUUCCGUUCUUCGGGAGGGCGUCAUCGUAUCGCCAGGCUCAGUGACUUACUUCUUUUGGGAUAAGCGGCGAAUCCCACCGGACUUUUGGCGGCCUGCUUUUUGGGGGAAGUGAAGGAUGAAGCUCUUGGUGCCGCUAUACAUCUACCCUCUCCGUGAUGAUUCUCUCGCGAGGGAAUGGCAGGAGAUGAAGGACGCGGGCGACGCCGGGGUGUCGGUGGUUGCGAUUGCAAACCCGGGGUCCGGGCCGGGCACGGAGGGGGACCGCGGACCGUACUCGAAGGGGAUGCAGGCGCUGCGCGACAGCGGUGUUGAGGUGAUCGGCUACGUCGCGAGCGGGUACGGCAGACGAAGUGAGAUCCAGGUCAAGGCGGACAUCGACCGGUACAAGGAGUGGUACGGGGAGUGGUUGUCGGGAAUCUUCUUGGACGAGGCCGCGUGCGUCUUCGACGACGCCAGCGAUGGGGACGGAGCCAUGUGCGCCAGGUACCGGGGGUACCACCAGCGCAUCCGGGAGCUGAUGGGAGACUCGGCGACGGUGGUGAUGAACACCGGGUCGAUGAUCACGGAAAAGGCCCUCACGGACGCCCUGGGCCCCGACGUGGUCUGGAACGUUCUCGAGAACAGCCGGUCGUCGCUGGAGAAGGACUUCGGCAAGGUCGCCACUACCUUCACCCCGAUCACCAAGAAGGUCACCGCUACCACCAAGAAGAAGAAGACGUGGAAGAUGAUGCUCGGCUGCGGCGGCGACGCGAACGCCGUGGAGGGGCCUAAGGUGGUGGAGGGGACCCCGCCGGCGGCACCGCCGCAUGUGCAGGGGAGGGCCGGGUUCAUGGUCCACGGGGCGGCGAGAAUGUCGUACGAGGAGAUAUGCCACUGGGUGAACCAGCUGGAAGACGGGGGCUGGAGCCACGUCUACAUGACCGACAAGAUCUACGACCCGGACUCCGACAACCCCGCCCACCACAACCCGUGGGAUGCUGUCCCGACGUACUGGGCUGACCUCGCGAAGGCGGUGGGGGAGAUCAGCGGUGCUGUCCGCAGAGACUUCGACGACGGGAAGAUUCCGCCCACGACUGCAGGCUCGUCGUCGUCAUCCAAAGCCGCCGUGUCGUCCUAAGCGUCAUUGGGGUCGACAUGGAGGAGAGACAGCGGUGUUUUCCUGGGUGUUUUUUGCUCAUGCGGUUGCCGUGAUAAGAAUGCCCCCCGAUGAGCCUCUUCGCAUGCCGAACCUGCACAACGCGAUGUAAAAUGGUGCAAUAGUUGUGUUUUUUUGUGUGUGAGUUUGUUUUUGGCUUGUUUGAUGUUGAUGUCCGUGUGGGUUUUUGAUUUUGGUUCCUCUGGGCUGACUCACGCUCUUUUUUGUCGAGUUCGGAUAGAUCCAAUUCCACACGACCGGAUUGGUGGCGAACGUCUAUGAAGAAUAAGACGCUGCCUCCUGCGCCCUGCUUUCUACGGUGCGUCGUGAUGUUUGCUUGACUGG